AUGAAUUCAGAGUUGAUGUCUGGUGUAGAAACAGAAGGACUAGAUUGUGAUCCAGAAAAUGAUGAUUCUCUCAGUCCAAUCGAUCAGACUGGACCAGUUAGGCUUGAUGCAAUGCCCCAUUCAUCACAGUUACAAGUUUCUAAGAGCAAAGAACCAGACUUGGCGAAUGAUUUCAGUCUAAAUGGAUUCUCUCCUGGAGCCCCAUUCUCCCCCACAACUAUGGAAGCAGUUGCAACACCAGCAGCAGACGACAGCUUCAUGACGCUUUUCAAUAAUGCAUCCAACAAUCACUCCACCAAUAAUAUCGACGCUGACAUCUUGCUCCCGGACGACUAUAGCUACUACUAUAGUGCAAAACAGCUGCAAUUACCAACCUUCUCGCCUGUCCUGCCUCCGACCCCAAUAGCAACUACAUCGACAGGAACAUCACCAUCAUCAGAUGUGGUUAUUUCAGGCCACUUUACCAAAAAUAGCAUCAAGACAGGGAUUCACCAAGCCUACGCCGCAAUGAUCAUUGACAUGAUUUAUGCAUAUCCUCGAAUGAUGACACGCCGCGAAACCCUUCCACCAUUCAUGCAUGCAUGUUCUCCAGUCCUUAACAGUAGGAAUGACCAGAGCAAACUACCUGUGCAUCUGACCAAUUGCAUGGGCAUUGCGCAGCUGUUUGUAGUACGUAGUGACGAUACACACUCAUUCAUUUGGACAACGAUUCGAGCUGAGAUGAGAGGGUUUCGAAAUCGCCUGUACACGUUCAAUAUAUACGACGCCUUGAGUGCUCUGCAAGCAUCUCUUUUGUAUUUGAUUAUACGUGUAGUAGAAGAUAAACCACAAGAGGCUGAAGAAGAUUAUGAAUUGUUAUUGAUUUACCAGGAAGUGUGCACCCGCGCCGUAGAACUCGCCAACAGCUCUUGUGGUCAAGCAGAAAACAAAAUCCAGGAUGUGAAUUGGAAGGAUUGGAUUUAUAUGGAGUCCACAAGACGGGUAGCGUGUGUCUGGUUCAUACUAGGCCGCAUCUUCCACAUCCGAACCGGCAACUUCUGCUUCGUAUCCGAACACUUUCGGGAGCUUUUCCUGCCCUGCACAAAAGCUGAAUGGGAAGCAAAAACAGAAGUACAAUGGAGAAAGGAGCAUAAUGCCGCGGCUAGCGCUAAAGGUGCAAAUGGUUUGCACCGUUUAGGUGAUCUGAUAGAUGCAAAUCCCCGCACACCAGGUACUCGCAUGUCUGACAAACUGGAUGUAUGGAAUGCCGGAAUCGAUCACUUGGGGAUGACGCUCAAUUUGACUGCGAGUAUGCUUUAA